AUGGGAGUGCCACUUUUUGGUCACUAGACAGGAAGGUGAUAUAUGAUGUUUCUCAACUUCCACUUUAGGGAAGCACCAGAAGAUUCAAGACGUGCUUAGGCAGAGGAUUGACAAGCCAUGAGUUUCAAACAGCAGUUUGUCAAACUAAAUGAUGGCCACUUCAUUCCAGCCCUGGGUUUUGGCACCUAUAAACCCCAAGAGGUUCACAAGAGCAAGUCACUGGAGGCUGCCAACUUAGCUAUAGGUGUUGGGUUCCGCCAUAUUGAUACUGCUUAUGCAUAUCAAGUGGAAGAGGAGAUAGGACAGGCCAUUCAAAGCAAUAUUAAAGCUGGCGUUAUAAAGAGAGAAGACAUGUUCAUCACUACAAAGCUCUGGUGUACUUGCUUUCGGCCAGAGCUGGUGCAGCCUGCUUUGGAAAAAUCACUGAAGAAGCUUCAACUGGACUAUGUUGACCUUUACAUUAUGCACUACCCAGUGCCAAUGAAGCCAGGGGAUAAUGAUUUUCCAGUAGAUGAAAAAGGGAAAGUGCUACUGGAAACAGUGGAUUUCUGUGCCACGUGGAAGGAAUUGGAGAAGUGUAAGGAUGCAGGAUUGGUCAAGUCUAUUGGGGUGUCCAACUUUAACCACAAGCAGUUAGAGAGAAUCCUGAAUAUUCCAGGGCUUAAGUACAAGCCUGUCUGCAAUCAGGUUGAAUGUCAUCUUUAUUUAAACCAGAGUAAGCUGCUGGAUUACUGCAAAUCAAAAGACAUUGUUCUGGUUGCUUAUGGUGCUCUGGGAACCCAACGAUAUAAAGAAUGGGUGGAUCAGAAUUCUCCAGUUCUCUUGCAUGAUCCAGUUCUUUGUGAUGUGGCCAAAAAGAACAAGCGAAGCCCUGCCCUGAUUGCUCUUCGAUACCUGCUUCAGCGUGGUGUUGUGCCCCUGGCUCAGAGUUUCAAAGAAAAUGAGAUGAAAGAGAAUUUGCAGGUUUUUGAAUUCCAGUUGUCUCCUGAGGAUAUGAAAACCCUAGAUGGCCUGAACAAAAAUUUUCGAUAUCUUGCAGCUGAGUUUUUGCUAGGCCACCCCGAAUAUCCAUUUUCGGAGGAAUAUUAAUGUGGGGACCUAGUCAUGACUGCCUGAAGUCACUGUGGGCAGUGAUGUUGGUGAUGUGACUCAGAUGCCUUUUGGAGGAUGCCUCAUUUCCGGUCUACCUAAACUGCUUCUUACCAACUCUCACAUUCAACUGAAGCUGGAGUUGAAUUAAAAAGGGAUUUAAUUUGAAUAAAAUUUAAUUUACGUUGAAUAAAAGGGAUUUAAUUUU